UACAAGUCGAACCAACCAACCACUCCACAACCUUCAACUGCCACCUACACAUCUUCAAUAUAUCCCAAAGACUUCCUCCUGUCUUCUUCUAAAUCUUCUACCAACACCCUCAUUCUCACCCUCACACAUAACCCACCAACCUACACGAUGUCGUACCAGGAUAAGGCGCAGAAUAUGGUCUCCCAGCUCGACAAAGAGCUCUCCAAAUACCCCGCUCUCAACAACCUCGAGAAGCAGACUGGUGUCCCUAAAGUAUACGUCGUCGGAGGAGUCAGUUUCUUCUACUUCUUCCUGAUCUUCCUCAAUUAUGGCGGACAAUUCUUCACCAACCUCGCUGGAUUCGUUAUCCCCGGCUACUACUCCUUCAACGCUCUGUUCACCGUGUCUAGAACCGAUGACGCUCAAUGGCUUACGUACUGGAUCGUUUUCGCGUUCCUCAGCUUGAUUGAGUCCGCGGUCUCCGUCACUUACUGGCUUCCCUUCUACUACGCCUUCAAGUUCGUCCUCGUCCUCUGGUUGGGACUUCCCCAGUUCAGCGGUGCUCAGGUGGUCUUCACUUCGUUCCUCAAGCCUCUGCUCGCCAAGCAGUUCAGCUCCGCCCACUCUGCCUCUGCCGGUCUCCGUGCUAAGGUUGACUCCCUCGGUGGUGACAAGAGCUUGUAAACUGCUUCCGCUGCCGUCACGUUUAAAGUUUCGACGAGUCGAAGUUUGAAGUUGUAGUAGUGGUAGUGUGUGUGCGUGCAAGGGCGUAAAGGGAAAUCGGAUUUCAUUUGUGACGAAGGGAUUCCUAGUUUUCCUUCGGGUUGUCUUUUUUCUUUAUUUCCGUUGGCCUGUACCUGCAUUGAAUAGCGAAUAUACAGAACACC